AUGGCACCGUAUCACGAUUCAUCAUACAAUCCAAAAGAGAAACGCAAGGAGAUGCGAGAACGACAUACAAGAUACAUUAUUGCGUUCAAUGACAAUGACAUUCCGAUUGGGUUUUUACUGUUUCAGUUCUUAUGGUUAGACGACGAUGAAGACGACGAUGCUGAGAUAGAAGUUAUUUAUUGUCUUGAAAUUCAGAUGAUCGAUGAAGUAAGAGGAAAAGGGCUUGGGACGUUUCUGAUGAAUGUAUUAGAAGACCUGGGAAGAUACUGGGGGAUGAAAAAGAGCGUGCUGACCGCGUGGAAAGGUUUGAUAUUCUUGCUAACGAAAGAGCAAUUAACUUUUAUUGCAACCGUCUUGGGCAAGUAUAUCAUUGACGGAACCUCACCUAGCAAGUACCUAAGUGGGCCAGAGGCAACCUCAUUUAAUUAUGAAAUUCUUAGCAAAGUACUUUGA